GGGACAACUUGGUGCGGGGGAACUGACCUCUGGCUUGGCGGGCCCCUGGGCAGGGAGGGCAGAAGAGGAGUGGCUGGGGCUGGAGGACUCCAUGCGGGGGCCAUGGACAGAGCGGCGCUCCUGGGACUGUCGCGCCUGUGCGCGCUGUGGGCAGCCCUGCUCGCGCUGUUCCCCUGCGGAGCCCAGGGAAAUUGGAUGUGGUUGGGCAUCGCCUCCUUUGGGGUUCCGGAGAAGCUGGGCUGCGCCAACUUGCCGCUGAACAGCCGCCAGAAGGAGCUGUGCAAGAGGAAACCGUACCUGCUGCCGAGCAUCGGAGAGGGCGCGCGGCUGGGCAUUCAGGAGUGCAGGAGCCAGUUCAGGCACGAGAGGUGGAACUGCCUGGUCACCGCCGCCCCGCCGGGCACCAGCCCCCUUUUCGGCUACGAGCUGAGCAGCGGCACCAAGGAAACAGCGUUUAUUUAUGCUGUGAUGGCUGCAGGCCUGGUGCAUUCUGUGACCAGGUCCUGUAGUGCAGGCAACAUGACCGAGUGCUCCUGCGACACCAGCUUGCAGAGCGGCGGCUCCGCCAGUGAAGGCUGGCACUGGGGGGGCUGCUCGGAUGAUGUCCAGUAUGGCAUGUGGUUCAGCAGGAAGUUCCUAGAUCUCCCUGUCAGAAACAGCACAGGAAAAGAAAGCAAAGUACUGUUAGCAAUGAAUCUACACAACAACGAAGCCGGAAGGCAGGCUGUCGCCAAGUUGAUGUCGGUAGAUUGCCGCUGUCACGGAGUUUCCGGCUCCUGCGCUGUGAAAACGUGCUGGAAAACCAUGUCUUCUUUCGAGAAGAUUGGCCACUUGUUGAAGGAUAAAUAUGAAAACAGUGUCCAAAUCUCAGACAAAAUAAAGAGGAAAAUGCGCAGGAGAGACAAAGAUCAGAGGAAAAUACCGAUUCGCAAGGAUGAUCUGCUCUACGUUAAUAAGUCUCCCAAUUACUGUGUCGAGGAUAAGAAACUAGGGAUCCCGGGGACACAAGGCAGAGAAUGCAACCGCACGUCAGAGGGCGCGGACGGCUGCAACCUCCUUUGCUGUGGCCGAGGCUACAACACCCACGUGGUCAGGCACGUGGAGAGGUGCGAGUGCAAGUUUAUUUGGUGCUGCUACGUUCGCUGCAGGAGGUGUGAAAGCAUGACUGACGUCCACACUUGCAAGUAGCCCCUCCAUCCAGCGUUGAGCAACGCUGCUCAGUUACAGCUGAGGGAGUGUCAUCCAGAGGGUGCCUCUCACCCUGCAGGGCUGGGGAAGCGGACUCCGGCCUCAGAAGCCCCAGACCCUCGUGCCUCUGGCUGAGCCCCCUUUACCUGGUGGAUAUCCAAUCGCGCACGGAGCAUGUGGAUUUUGGGGGGA